GCAACCAGCCCACACCCGCUGCUCCCCACCGGCCCACCCCACUCCACUCCGCUCCACUAACCAACGCCCAGGGUUUUUAAUAAUCCCGCCACAACCCAACCACUCCGACCGCUUUUCCCCCGCGCGUUUCAAAAUCAGCGAGGCCGCGAGGGCAGCGGUAACACCGUGGGAUUAAUCAUCAAUCAACCAGGCAGGUACUCGUAAGCUGAUGGGGGUAAAGCAGGGGGAUUAGUGAGGACCUCGUUUGAAGCCGGGUAUAAAAGCCGCGAGGCUAGCAAAGGCGACCUCGCGAGGAAAAACUACCUGGGCCGCCACCGCCACAGCCCCGCCCCGCCCCGCCCCCGCCUCCCGAGCUGAGCGAGCGACUCAGCAAGCGCGCAACGGAACCAGCCGCCGCGGCGCGCCAUGGCGCCGUUCCAGAUGCGUUUCGGGCUCCAGAUCUCUCCCGCGCGCUCCGACGACGACGAGGAGGAGGACGACGACGACGACAACGAGGAGGAGUAUGACGAGAUGGCGAGCGAGGGGACGGCCUCGCCGCCGAUGAUGCUCCGGCCAGGGAGGGGAGGGGGAGGGCUGGUGAGCGCCGUCGUGGGCGCGCUGCGGAGGUCGCUGGUGAUGUGCAGCGCUGGCGCCGUGGAUAUCGACGACGACGACGACGAGGAGGAGGGCGGGAUCGAGAUCGGGCGGCCCACGGACGUGCACCACGUCUCGCACGUCACCUUCGACCGCUUUGGUGGCUUCCUCGGCCUCCCCGCGGACCUCGAACCCGAAGUGCCGCGGCGCACGCCGAGUGCCAGGUCAAAUUCUACAUGCAGUGUAAGCGUAUUUGGGGUUUCACCUACCUCUCUGCAAUGUUCAUAUGAUCCAAGAGGAAACAGUGUGCCCACAAUAUUGCUAAUGAUGCAGAGGAAGUUAUAUGAUCGCGGAGGACUUAAGGUUGAAGGGAUCUUUAGGAUUAAUGCAGAAAAUAGCCAGGAAGUCUAUGUGAGGGACCAAUUAAACAGUGGAGUGGUUCCAAAUGAAGUUGACUUGCACUGCCUUGCCGGGUUGAUAAAGGCAUGGUUUCGGGAGCUUCCUUCAGGUGUAUUGGAUGCACUGACACCAGAACAAGUGAUGCACUGCAACACGGAAGGGGGGUGCGCUCUCCUUGCUUCUAUGCUACCACCAGUGGAAGCAGCAUUACUUGACUGGGCAAUUAAUCUGAUGGCCGAUGUUGUAGAGCAAGAAAACUACAACAAGAUGAACGCCCGGAACAUCGCGAUGGUUUUUGCGCCCAAUAUGACUCAGAUGGCCGAUCCGUUAACUGCCCUGAUACAUGCGGUUCAGGUGAUGAAUUUCCUCAAGACCUUAAUCUUGAAGACUCUAAAGGAACGAAACAAAAAGGAUGAGGCACUUGAGGCGUUGCAACCAUGCUCCAGCUCUCCAAAUGACCAAGACGAACAUCAGGUGUCCGAGCAUUUGGAGAAACCUUCAGUUCUGCCAAAUCAAAAAGGCUUCGGUUUCCACAUGAAUGAUAGUGCCACUCCUGUUCAAGUCCUUGGAGCUGAGAAAACUCUCCAUCAUCACUCACAAAUCCGUUCUCACGAGCCAAAAAAGUUUGGAACCGAUAUGGACCACAAGAAAAGACAGAGUGAUGCCUCCUCUCUCCUCGGCAGCGAUUCGAGCAACCGAUUCAACAGUUCUGGGAGAGAAUUCGGUAGCAGAAAUGGCGCGUCCGACAGAUUUAGUUUUAGGAAAGGGGUGGAGAGGCUUUGCAGGCAUCCCGUGUUUCAGUUGAAUAGGUCCAUGAAGAAGUCUACAGAUGCCGUGGUCUUCGAUGCCCCCCGAGAAACAAGACAGGCUUGGGUGUGAUACAAUAACGACAUUGUAUGUAUUAUGUAGUUCUGUUUCCACCUGUGUUUCAGCUGAUAAGCCGUUCCCACUAGUCUGUGUGAGUAGAAUCGGUUAGCCUCUUAGGUGUUACAAAAUCGAGGUUAUUUGGAGUGUACAUUAUCGCAGUUUACUCUUCCGACGAAAGUGUCAGGAGAAGUAGUACACACUGUACACUAGCACUUGGCUUCUGCGGAACGAACGAAAGCGAGAGUGAACUCAGGCUCCAUGGCUGCGCGCUGCGUACCUCGAGCGUUAGUGACCCCUUGAUAUUAUAACCUUGCACCUUGCUGAUAUUUUGUAACAGUAUCGGCUUGUACAACAACUAUGUACGCUGGUGUUCCCAACUUGUAUAGAUGCCUGAGACUGCUAGGCGUGGUCCUCGGUA